GACAGGUUCACAUAUGCAUGUCAAGAGGAGAGAACUUUCCUAAUCUACACGGGCAGCUUGAUGUAUCUGAGUUAGCAUUUCAGAUAUAUGAUUCUCCAUCAGGGUUUUCAGACAUAUCUGCAAAUUUAUGCUUUCGUGCUCAACGAAUAUUUUUACACAACACCAAUGGUUGGUUUGGAGAUAUUCCUUUAGAAGCUUCUGGAGACUUUGGCAUUGACCCAGAGGAAGGAGAGUUCCACCUUAUGUGUCAGGUUCCUAAUGUCGAAGUAAAUGCAUUGAUGAAAACUUUCAAAAUGAAGCCUUUAUUGUUUCCGAUAGCUGGUUCCGUAACAGCUGUAUUCAAUUGUCAAGGUCCCUUGGACGCACCAAUUUUCGUAGGGAGUGCAUUAGUUUCUAGAAAAGUUACAUAUUUGCCCAACCAACUUCCCGUGUCCAUUGCAUAUGAGACUGUGGCUAAAAAUAAAGAGGCUGGGGCUGUUGCUGCAAUGGAUCGUGUUCCCUUUUCGUACAUCUCAGCCAAUUUUACUUUUAACACUGACAACUGUGUUGCUGACUUGUAUGGAAUCAGAGGCAGCCUUGUUGAUGGGGGUGAAAUCCGUGGCGCAGGGAAUGCAUGGAUUUGCCCAGAGGGUGAAAUCGAUGAUACUGCAAUUGAUGUAAACUUUUCAGGAAGUUUAAGUUUUGAUAAUAUCAUGAAUCGCUAUGUCCCUGGUUUUCUUCAAGUGACACGUCUUCGGCUAGGUCUUCUAAAUGGGGAAACAAAGCUUUCUGGCUCAUUAUUCAAACCAAGGUUUGAUAUCAAAUGGAAUGCACCAAAAGCUGAUGGAUCACUCACUGAUGCUCGUGGAGAUAUCAUACUUUCUCAUGAUUGUAUUACUGUCAGCUCUUCGUCGAUAGCUUUUGAAUUGUAUUCAAAAGUAUUAACGUCUUAUCCAGACAAAUAUUGGUUAGAUCCCAGGGAAAAUGAUGAGAAGACUGCCCUGCCUUUUGUUGUGGAAGGACUAGAAUUAGAUUUACGAAUGCGCAAUUUUGAAUUCUUCAGCUCAGUCUCUUCUUAUGCUUUUGACUCUCCAAGGCUGGUGCAUUUGAAAGCAACUGGAAGGGUUAAGUUUCGAGGAGAAGUUGUGAACUGUUGGAAUGCUACUGAUGAGAAAUUAUCCAAUAGGAGUGCUGGACAUGUAAAUAAGGAUGACCAUGGUUCACAUAUUCUUUCUGGCGAUGUUUCAAUUUCAGGUCUUAAACUUAAUCAAUUAAUGCUGGCACCUCAGUUAACUGGAGUCUUGAGCAUGACAAAUGAGGUUUUGAAGUUGGAUGCCAUAGGUAGACCAGACGAAAGUCUUGCACUGGAGAUCAUAGGACCCUUUCAGCCUCUUUCAGAAGAAAAUGUUAUUGGCAAGUCGUUCUCGCUUUCCCUCCAAAAAGGGCAUCUAAAAACCAAUGUGUGCUACCAACCACUACAUUCAGCUAAUCUGGAGGUACGGAAUUUGCCUUUGGAUGAGCUUGAGCUUGCUUCAUUGAGGGGAACAAUUCAAAGGGCAGAACUUCAACUUAAUUUCCAGAAACGAAGAGGUCAUGGUUUGCUGUCAGUUCUGCGUCCAAAGUUCAGUGGGAUGUUGGGUGAAGCUCUAGAUGUGGCCGCUAGAUGGAGUGGAGAUGUAAUUACCAUUGAGAAAACUAUUUUGGAACAAAGCAACAGCAAGUAUGAGCUUCAGGGUGAAUACGUAUUGCCUGGAUCCCGAGACCGAAGCUCAUCUGGAAAGGAUGGAGGUAGUUUAUUUCAUAGGGCAAUGACGGGCCAUCUAGGUAGUGUAAUAUCUUCCAUGGGAAGAUGGCGAAUGAGACUAGAGGUUCCAAAAGCUGAGAUUUCAGAGAUGCUUCCACUGGCACGCCUUCUCUCUCGAAGUUCAGACCCUGCUGUUCAAUCUCGAUCAAAGGACCUUUUUAUCCGAAGUUUGCAAUCAGUGGGACAAUAUGCAGAAAGCCUGCAAAGUCUGCUGGAGGAAAUUCAUGUUCUUUUUACCCCCUCAGAUGAAGUUGUCCUUGAAGACUUCAGCCUUCCAGGAUUGGCUGAACUCAAAGGUCGCUGGUGUGGUUCUUUAGAUGCAAGUGGAGGAGGCAACGGAGACACAUUAGCAGAGUUUGACUUUCAUGGGGAAGAAUGGGAGUGGGGAACUUAUAAGACACAGCGUGUUCUAGCAGCUGGUGCAUACAGCAAUGAAGAUGGUUUGCGGCUAGAGAGAAUCCUUAUCCAGAGGGAUAAUGCCACAAUACAUGCUGAUGGGACCUUGCUUGGGCCAAAGACCAAUAUGCAUUUUGCUGUUCUGAACUUUCCUGUUAGUUUGAUUCCUACAUUGGUUCAGGUCAUUGAAACUACAGCCACUGAAGCUGUUCAUUCUCUGCGGCAGUUUUUAGCACCAAUAAAGGGUACACUGCAUAUGGAAGGGGAUCUUAGAGGAAGUCUUGCUAAACCAGAAUGUGAUAUACAAGUAAGGCUUCUUGAUGGUGCCAUUGGUGGAGUUGAUCUUGGGCGAGCUGAAAUUGUUGCUUCCUUAACUCCUGCAUGUCGUUUCCUGUUCUAUGCUAAACUUGCACCAACCAUACAAAAUGGCCAUGUUCACAUUCAAGGAAGUAUUCCUGUAACCUUUGUCCAAAACAAUGUUUUAGAAGAAGAAAAUUCAGGAACUGUAAAAAAUGAAGUGAUAUCGAAACGAUAUUGGGGUACAGAUAAGAGUAUAGGCAUUACAGGUGAAGGUAUUGAUAGAAGGGGGUCUAGAGAGAGAGGUGGGGAGGGUUGGGAUAUUCAGAUGACAGAAAACCUCAAGGGUUUGAACUGGAAUGUACUAGAUACAGGAGAAGUAAGAAUAGACGCUGAUAUUAAAGAUGCUGGCAUGAUGUUGUUAACUGCUCUGUCUCCUUACGCCAACUGGCUACAAGGCAGUGCUGAAGUUAUGCUCCAGGUUAGUGGAACAGUUGAACAGCCAGUACUUGAUGGAUCUGCAUCAUUCCACAGGGCAACUAUAUCUUCACCUGUGCUUCGAAAACCACUUACCAACCUUGGUGGUUCUGUUCUUUUGAAAUCAAAUAGACUGCACAUCAGUUCUUUGGAGGGCAGGGUAAGCAGAAAAGGGAAACUGUCAUUGAAGGGUAAUUUGCCUCUCAGAACAGGUGAAAUAGCAGCUGAUGAUAAAAUCAACCUAAAAUGUGAAGGCUUGGAAGUACGAGCCAAAAAUAUCUUAAGUGGUCAGGUUGACACUCAAAUGCAAAUAAGGGGGUCCAUAUUGCAACCUAACAUUUCUGGAAAGAUAAAACUAAGUCAAGGUGAAGCAUACCUACCACAUGACAAGGGCAGUGGAACUGCUCUUAAUAGAGGCACAUCGUAUCAUACAAGGCUUCCUGAUGAUGCUUACAAUCGUUUAGUUGUGUCAAAGUAUGUUUCACGUUUUUUUAAUCUAAAGCCGGCUGCGUCCAACCUCCAGCUUCAUCAAUCAUCGGGUAAACAUCUUGAAGAUGAUAACAGCAUGGUGAAAAUAGACAACAACCCUAAACUUGAUGUCCGCCUUUGUGAUUUGAAGCUUGUUUUGGGACCUGAACUGAGGAUAGUCUAUCCUUUAAUUCUCAAUUUUGCUGUCAGCGGAGAGCUUGAGUUAAAUGGUGUUGCUCAUCCAAAAUGGAUAAAACCCAGAGGAAUUCUGACCUUUGAGAACGGUAAUGUGAAUCUUGUCGCUACUCAGGUGAGGCUUAAGCGUGAUCAUCUGAAUAUAGCAAAGUUUGAGCCUGAUAAUGGACUUGAUCCAAUGCUGGACUUAGCUUUGGUUGGUUCAGCGUGGCAAUUCAGGAUCCAAAGUAGGGCUAGCAAAUGGCAGGACAAAAUAGUUGUCACAUCAACGCGCUCUGUGGAACAAGAUGUCCUGUCACCUUAUGAGGCUGCAAGAGUAUUUGAAAGCCAAUUAGCUGAAUCCAUCUUAGAAGGUGAUGGCCAGCUCGCUUUGAAGAAGCUUGCUACUGCAACGCUGGAGACAUUGAUGCCUAGGAUUGAAGGGAAGGGUGAAUUUGGACAGGCUAGAUGGAGGCUUGUUUAUGCGCCUCAGAUUCCGAGCUUGCUGUCUGUCGAUCCCACUGUUGAUCCUCUAAAAUCUUUAGCCAACAAUAUUUCUUUUGGUACUGAGGUUGAAGUACAACUGGGGAAGCGCCUUCAGGCAUCUGUGGUUAGACGGAUGAAGGAUUCAGAAAUGGCAAUGCAGUGGACUUUGAUCUACCAACUCACAAACCGUCUGCGUCUACUCCUACAAUCUGCUCCACACAAGCGUCUGCUAUUUGAGUAUUCAACCACAUCACAAUAAUAGGCAAACUUAGAUGUCACAUGGUACACAAUUAUGUUUUAAGGUAUAUUCUUUUAGAAAUGUGCUAGUAAAUGAGAUCGGAAAAGAAAGUAUAGAUCAAUGGUGUGUUUUAUCUUUUAGUUUGUUUCCUGCAGACCCUGUGAUGCCCGACCCCAAAUCUUUUAGGUCUAAAGGGCUGUCCUACACAAUGUAGUGGAUAAUGAGCACAUUAGUUGUUCUUUUUAAGCCCUAGUUAUGUAAAUAGCAUCACUAUUAUUCUUGUUCGAUUUGGUGCUCAAAUAAGAAUAAACAUGUUAAUAGUUCUUUCGCUAAA